AUGCCAGCCAGAGUUUCAGGCAUCGCAAGGACGACCAACGUGACAGCCUCCCUUUUCGUCACAACCUUUCUUUGCUCCUCCUCCUCUUACUUGUGGUGGAACCGAACUGGCGACGACUUCUGUGACUGUCCAAACCCUCGUUCCGGUCUGGAACCCGAAUUCUUCGUCGGUACGGAGUGUGAGGUCCCUGCAGUCAUGUGUGCGGACACAGACACAUUCUUCUGUGGCAACGGCGCGCAGUGCGUGGAGAUAGUGCAGGGCGAGCAGUACUCCUGUGAGGGCUGCCCCUUGGGCUACGGAGGGCAGCACUGCGAAUCCCGAGGGGUGCAGUGCGGUGACUCUGGGUUGCUGUGCUUCAACGGAGGGUCGUGUGGUCACAGUGGGACCAGCUGCGUGUGCCCGAGACAGUGGUCUGGGAACGCCAAUUGCACACUCUCGCUCUUUGACGCUUAUCACCAGCAGGCAUCACCGUAUGGCUCCCAGGCAGAGGAGGAAGACCAAUCGUGGUACGUGCCUGUGCUGGGAGCCUUUGGCGCGCUGGUGAUGCUGUCCAUCCUGGGCGUGUGGAUCUACAUCUGCUACGCUCACCAGGCCAUGUCCUCCUUCUCCCACAUUGCCGACCAGGAGGAAAGUCGGGCACUACAGGAUGAUGUGGAGGAGAGGGAAUUGGUCGAGCUAGAUUCGCAUGGGGAGGAGGACGAGGGCAGUUAUUAUGAUAAUGGGGGUGGGAGCAAGGGUCGCCAUGAUGAGGAUGGGGGUAAUUCGAUGGAGGAGAGUGAGGAGGAGGACAUUGAAGAGGGGGAGAGGGUCCCUCUUCGGUGA